ACGAACGGUCAUAAUCAAGAAUAACAAUAACAGUAACGAUAUUUCUAAUAUGAAUUCUGCGAGCAAGGUGGGUGAGAUCUUCGCUGCAGCCGGAGUAGCCUUCAAUAAGCUAGGUGAACUGACGAUGCAGCUCCAUCCUACAUCAGAUUCCCUAGCAGGUAAAUGGGCUGACGAGGAUAUUGAGAUGCUCCGUCAGUCGGUCAGAGCCUUCAGUGAAGAAUUGAGCAGAAUAAGCGAGCACAUCAAGAGUCGGACGGUCUCUCAAAUUCGAACAACCUUGAAGAAGAAGGCGUUCGAGGAAGCGGGAAUGACAGUCAGACAGCAACAGAUUCUACCUCAGCAGGCGCAACAAUCCACAUUAGUUCAACAACAGCAGGUUGUCAAGCAGCAAUCGACAUCGGGAAACCAGGGUCUUAUGGGAAAAUCGGCAGAAGUCACACUGAACAUGCUGAAUGCAUCUGAAACGGAAGUAGACGUUGAAGGACUGCCUGAGGAAUGCCAAGUUAAGCUCGAAUUUGAAGAAGGUGCGACUGAAGAAGUCACCGGUUAAAUUAGUUCAUUCAUUUAUAAGUAGAAUAAAUGGUGGAAAAUCUGGUGAUAUCACCGUCAUUUUUUAUCAUCUAAUUGUUCAUUGAACAUUCGAAUUUUAACUAGUUUUAAGCAUCAGUCUCGUAUAAAAACUCAUAAGUUACUUUUUUUCAAUAAAUGUAUAAAAAACC